UUUUUUACCCAGUGUGCCUUAUUUCCUCAGACGCCGCUCAGAUGGGAAUCGCGUUGAUGGAAGUGUCAUGGAAGUCUAUGUGGGAUGCAGAUCGAAAUAAACUAGUGAAAAUUAUUCGGAUGCAGUGUUUUAUUUAUUAAAGGCAGUUGGACGCGGUUGCAACAUUUGUAACGUUCCGAUUGUGUCUGUCAAGUUAUCGCAGCAACAAGCUCAAUCUGGGCUAACGGUCAUUCCUUUAUGAUUUAACGGAUAUAUAUGUGUCGUUACUGUGUUACACUGACUUUGGAGGUUGUAUAGUCUAAAAUCUCCACGGUCACAAUGUUAUGUAAACCUUACGAAACGGCGAAAUUAAAACUUGAACGAAAUGUAGCAUAUUUGCUAACGUGUGAGCAUGGGUUAGCGUGAUGUCAUUGAGUCAAUUUAAAUACAUCAAUAAAUUAAGCCGGGUGUGCUUGUUAUAUAUUAAGUUUAUUAUUGAUAAUAAACGCCUAAAAGAUUCGUUGCUAGCUUGAUAAAAUUUAAAUUAGCGAGGAAACAUGCGCGUUAGCAGCGCAUUAUUUUAAUUUAAGACACGUGUUUGGUUGCAACGUCUCUGAUCGGAUUGAGAGAAAUGUGACGAUUUCUGCUGAAUACUAACUGAGUAGUAUGAUCUAUGAUUAAGUAAAUAGUACAUGCGGCAUGGUUUUGCACACUAACAAUCUAGCAAAUGCAAUGCAAAUCCGUUCACAGUGACCGGCCAUAUCUUCCCAAAGUUAAUUCACAAUUGAUUUUGAUGCCACGAUUUGGCCGAAAUGUAUAUGAAAUGCAAACCAUAUUUCAUUACAGUAAUAUAUUAAAACCUAUCAAAACUGCCAUGUGAUGGUUAUAUGUGAGCAUACAAACACAAAAAACGCAAUCUAUAAUUAAAAACGUUAUUUGUAGUAAUUUUUUCCGAUUUGUAUUUGCAAUGACAAUCUUUAAAAUUGCCCAAGUAAGUGCAUUAUAAAUCCCCUUCAAAAGCAGUUAAUACAUGUCCAAUGCAAAGAAAGUGCACUCAUGAGGUUUAGAAUGCAGGUUAAUUACUUUAAAAAAUAGUAGAUUUUCACUAUAGGAGAACCUCAAUUUAUGGCAAUUUAUCAAGAUUUUAGUUGUCUCCGGGUUUUAACACAAAACUUGCAUCAUUGUUGAAUAGUUUGUACAGGUAGAUCAUGCUCUUAGCCCAGGUGAAUCGAGACACCCAGGGCCUGGAGUUCCAGAGUAUUGAUGGGGACCCGCAGCAGGUCACCCUAUGCCUGACAGAGGCAGUAACAGUUGCAGAUGGUGACAACAUAGAGGGAAUGGACUGUUUGCAGGCAGUGACUCUGGUGGAUGGCUCCACAGCAUACAUCCAACAUAGUCCUAAAGAUAACAAGUUAAUGGAAGGACAGGUGAUCCAGUUGGAGGAUGGAUCUGCUGCAUACGUCCAGCACUUACCUAUGUCUAAAGCAGGAGGAGAAGGAUUGAGACUAGAGGAUGGCCAGGCUGUACAACUGGAAGAUGGAACAACUGCUUACAUUCAUGCACCAAAAGAAACAUAUGAUCAGGGUGGUUUACAGGCUGUUCAGCUGGAGGAUGGCACUACUGCAUAUAUCCAACAUAUGCCCCCAUCCAACACCAUUUUGACCUUCCAGGCAGAUAGCACUGUAGCAGACCUGCAGACGGAGGCCACCAUUGAUGCUGAGACCAUCAGUGUACUGGAGCAAUAUUCUACUAACAUGGAGGCCACAGAAUGUGGUACUGGGUUACUCAGCCGGGGGGACUCUGAUGGCAGUGUGCAUAUGCAGAUUGUACUGCAGGGUCAAGAAAGCAGAUCACCCAGAAUUCAGCAUGUUGGGGAAAAGGCCUUCCGUUGUGAACAUGAGGGAUGUGGAAAACUCUAUACUACUGCUCACCAUCUAAAGGUACAUGAAAGGUCACAUACUGGGGAUAAGCCGUACAUUUGUGAUCAUAUUGGUUGUGGUAAAAAGUUUGCAACAGGAUAUGGCCUCAAGAGCCACAUCCGCACACACACUGGAGAAAAACCAUAUCGGUGUCACGAGCUCAACUGCCUCAAGUCUUUCAAAACCUCUGGAGACUUACAAAAACACACUCGAACCCAUACAGGUGAAAAGCCUUUUAAAUGUCCAUUUGAAGGCUGUGGGAGAUCUUUCACCACAUCCAACAUUCGUAAGGUCCACAUUCGUACUCACACAGGUGAGAGGCCAUACUACUGCUCUGAGCCAAACUGUGGAAGGGCUUUUGCAAGUGCCACCAACUACAAAAACCACAUGAGAAUCCACACAGGAGAGAAGCCUUAUGUCUGUACUGUGCCUGGCUGUGACAAGCGCUUUACAGAGUACUCCAGUCUGUACAAGCACCAUGUGGUUCACACGCCCUGCAAACCCUACAACUGUAACCACUGUGGAAAGACGUAUAAGCAGAUCUCUACCUUGGCCAUGCAUAAACGGACUGCACACAAUGACACAGAGCCCAUAGAGGAGGAACAAGAAGCUUAUUUUGAGCCCUCCGCAGAGGCCAUUGAUGACCCCGGGUUAAUGUACACUAAUACAGUAGAGGAUGACUCUGGGUCUGAGCAUGUAUCAGGUGGAUCAGAAGUUAUGGGACAACAGCAUGUGGCUUUUAUAUCUCAGGAUGGCACACAACAGGUUCUAUCUCAAGCAGAUAUGCAGGCUAUGGGAGGCACAAUAACCAUGGUAACACAAGAGGGAACCACCAUAACUAUCCCUGCACAUGAAGCAAUGCUUUCUUCAGGAGGGGCACAUUCUGUUACCAUGGUAUCUGCAGAUGGCACUGAGGGUCAGGUGGCUAUUGUAACGCCAGACUUGUCUGUGUACCAGACAGAGGAGGAGCUUGUACAGGAUCAGGAGCAUCAUGUAGUCUCCACAAGUCCACACCCAGUCACACUGCUGGCCACCUCUAAUGGCACACACAUUGCUGUGCAGCUCAGUGAUCAGCCCUCCCUAGAAGAAGCCAUCAGAAUAGCAUCACGAAUACAGCAAGGAGAGACCCCCGGAAUUGACGAUUAACACAUUUUCUACUCAUCACAUUGAACUUCUCAAGAUUGUGUGUGAGUGAGUGUGUGUGUGUGUGUGUAUUGAAAACCAUGAACCAAAAAUAGAUUUUUUUUCCCCUAAUGCUCAGAUCAUGUGCGCUAUAAAUCAAGAAGACUUAAGAUAUUUUUGUGUGGAUAUAUAUGUACAUAAUUGUUUUAAAACUAUAGUUUUUUUCUGUAUAUGUUUGAUUCUGCUAUUUUUUGCAAUCUGUCAACAAGGAAGGAUCAACAAUUAUAAUAAAAAAAGAAU